UUUGAGUCUAAUAAAAUUUGAAUAAAAAUUGGUUUAUAAUUAUUUUAAUUGAAAUAAUGGCAUAAGAUUAGCGAUCUCCUUUAGAAUUAAGAAUCUGGCACUUUUAUACAGAAGAAGAGAAAUCAAUAACUCUUCUAAAUGCAUAUAAAUAGAGAGUGUUAUUUUCUGAGGAUAUAAAAUCUUUUCUUUUGAGAGAUAGAUUAAAUACUUGGGCAUAUUGGGGAUUUCCAUUAGGUUGUUAUGCUCUAUUGCACUAUAGUGGAGCUUUGUAACCAUACAUAGCAACAAAAUAUUCAUUGUCAGGUUAAAGAUUGAUUCCUGCAGCAAUAUCAGGUAUUUUGUGGUUGGGUUGGUUACACUUUAAUCCAUUUUAUAAUUCCUUAUAGAAGUAAAAAGAAUAAUUGAAAAUAAUAAUAGUGAGAAAUUGUAAUUGUUAAAUUUGAUAGAGAGAAGAGUAGGAUUAAAUAUGAAGGCAUUGAAUGAACAAGUCCCUCGUACUUGGACUUCAUAAGAAAUUCAUAGAUAGAUAAGAGAAGCUUAUAAUAAUAGACAUGGUUUCUUAACAAAUAUCCUUUAUCCAAGUGAAGAAAGAGCUUCUCCAUUAUAAGAUAUUUCAAGUUAUCCAUUCAAAUACAGAAGAGAUAGAAUUGUAAAAUGAUAUAUA